AUGAGACUAGCAAAAGUGAGCCUGGCCUUCACCUGGGGAGCUAUCAUGUUGGUGCUUCAGACGGCAGGCACAGAACCUGCUAUGAGGCCUCCUCAUGACAAAGCUAAGGUGUUUGCAGAUCUGAGCACCCAGGAGAUAAAGGCUGUGCACAGCUUCCUGAUGAACAGGAAGGAGCUGGGGCUCCAGCCAUCCAAGAAUGUGACUUUGGCCAAGAACUCUGUGUUUCUCAUUGAGAUGCUACUGCCCAAAAAGAAGCAUGUGUUGAAAUUUCUGGAUAAAGGAAGAAAAAGACCUAUCCGGGAAGCCAGGGCCAUCAUUUUCUUUGGUGCCCAGGAGCAUCCCAAUGUCACCGAGUUUGCUGUAGGGCCCCUGCCAUCGCCAUACUACAUUCGAGAACUGUCCCCCAGGCCAGGGCACCAUCUGUCUUGGUCAUCCAGACCCAUCUCCACGGCAGAGUAUGACCUCCUCCAUCGCACCCUGAAGAGAGCCCUCGCACCUCUGCAUCAGUUUUUCCUUCAUACCACUGGCUUCUCAUUCCUGGACUGUGAUGCCCGGUGCUUGACUUUUACCGAUGUGGCCCCUCGAGGUGUGGAGUCUGGUCAGCGUAGAAGCUGGAUAAUCAUACAGCGCUUCGUGGAAGGCUACUUCCUGCACCCCAUGGGUCUGGAGAUCCUUGUGGAUCACCGAAGCACAGAUGUCCAGGACUGGAAAGUGGAGCAGGUCUGGUAUAAUGGCAAGUUCUACAACAGCCCAGAGGAACUGGCUCAGAAAUACACAGAUGGAGAAGUGGACACGGUGGUCCUUGAGGACCCACCGCCUGAUGGCACAGAGCAGUCCCCACUCUUCUCUUCUUAUAUGCCCCGAGGGGAAUUCCCCACGCCCAUCACUGUGGCUGGCCCCCACGUUGUACAGCCCAGUGGCUCCCGAUACAAGUUGGAGGGCAACACUGUGCUCUAUGGAGGCUGGAGCUUCUCUUAUCGGCUAAGAUCCUCUUCUGGGCUGCAGAUCUUUAAUGUGCUCUUUGGAGGUGAGCGUAUCGCCUAUGAGAUCAGUGUGCAAGAGGCCGUGGCACUGUAUGGUGGACACACACCAGCAGGCAUGCAAACUAAAUAUAUUGAUGUUGGCUGGGGUCUGGGCAGUGUCACCCAUGAGUUGGCCCCUGGCAUUGACUGUCCAGAGACUGCUACUUUCCUGGACGCCUACCACUAUUAUGACAGUGAUGGCCCUGUCCAUUAUCCACGUGCUCUCUGCCUUUUUGAGAUGCCCACAGGAGUCCCCCUUAGGCGCCACUUUAACUCUAACUUUAAAGGUGGCUUCAACUUCUAUGCGGGUUUGAAGGGGUAUGUGCUGGUUCUUCGGACAACAUCAACAGUCUACAAUUAUGAUUAUAUCUGGGAUUUUAUCUUCUACCCUAAUGGUGUAAUGGAAAGCAAGAUGCAUGCCACUGGAUAUGUCCAUGCAACCUUCUAUACCCCUGAGGGACUGCGCCAUGGCACUCGCCUACAAACCCACCUGCUUGGCAACAUCCACACUCACCUAGUGCAUUACCGUGUUGACCUGGAUGUGACAGGCACAAAGAACAGCUUCCAGACACUGAAGACAAAGCUGGAAAACAUCACCAACCCCUGGAGCCCAAGUCACUACCUGGUCCAGCCCACACUCCAGCAGACUCAGUACUCCCGGGAGCGCCAGGCUGCAUUCCGCUUUGGACAGACUCUGCCCAAGUACCUUCUCUUUAGCAGCCCCCAAAAGAACCGUUGGGGCCACAGGCGCAGCUACCGCCUGCAGAUCCACUCUAUGACUGAACAGGUGCUGCCACCAGGCUGGCAGGAAGAGCAGGCUGUCACUUGGGCCAGGUACCCCCUAGCUGUGACAAAGUAUCGGGAGUCUGAGCGUUGCAGCAGCAGCAUCUAUAACCAGAAUGACCCCUGGGAUCCCCCCGUGGUCUUCGAGGAGUUCCUCCAGAACAAUGAGAACAUUGAACAGGAGGAUUUGGUGGCCUGGGUGACAGUAGGAUUCCUGCACAUCCCCCACUCAGAGGAUGUCCCCAACACAGCCACACCUGGGAAUUCUGUGGGCUUCUUUAUCUGGCCCUUCAACUUCUUCCCAGAGGACCCAUCCCUGGCAUCUAGAGACACUGUGAUAGUGAGGUCACAGGGCAAAGGCCCCAACUAUGUCCAGCACUGGAUUCCUGACAACACAGCCUGCUUGAUGUCUCCUCCUUUCAGCUACAAUGGGACCUACAAGCCUGUGUGAAGUGUCUUAC